CCGCUGUCUUCUGUUCGCUUCACAUGUGUGCGCAAACAUCAUGGACGAGAAGAUGCAUCCCGAUCUAGAGGAUUUCUCCGAGGAGCCGCUUCUGGAGGCUUUCAUCAAGGAGAUCCAGAAAGAAGAGGUGGUGUUCCUCAUCGGGAUAUGUGUGGCUUUAGCGCUCGUCAUCCUCACUGUCGUCUUCUUUGGGAAGUUUUGGGGCUCCAGUAAAGCGAGGAACGCCGUGCUGCUCCUGGGACUGUGUGACUCUGGGAAAACUCUCCUGUUCACUCGAUUGUUACUAGGGAAGUUUGCAAGAACUCAGACGUCCAUCACAGAGAGCAGCGCCACAUACAAGAGCAAGAGCGACCGCGGCAGCAGUUGGACUCUCAUAGAUGUCCCUGGUCAUGAAAGUUUAAGAGUUCAGAUAGUGGAGAAGUACAAGGCCGUGGCUCGAGCCGUGGUGUUUGUGGUGGACAGCAGCGUCUUCCAGAAGGACGUCAGAGACGUGGCCGAGUUCCUCUACUCCAUCCUCACUGACGGCACCGUGGCCAAGAACACCCCCGCUCUCCUGGUGGCCUGCAACAAACAAGAUAUCUCUAUGGCAAAAUCAGCCAAAUUAAUCCAGCAGCAGUUGGAGAAGGAGUUGAACACACUGAGGCUGACGCGGUCCGCGGCGCUCUCCUCUCAGGACGGGGCGGUCGGGGGAUCGGUGUAUCUGGGCAAGAGAGGCAAGGACUUCGAGUUCUCUCAGCUGCCGGGCCGCGUGGAGUUCAUCGAGUGCAGCGCUCGCGGGAGCAAAGGGGAAGACGGAGACACCGCUGGCAUCGACGCGCUGGAGAAGAGCCUGGCCAGACUCUGAACAUCUCCAACUCCUCCUCUGAAUCAUGAACUUGCUG